AUGAAAUCCGACCCCGAGGCUGCGGCUCAUUCGCGUGGGCAGCUCGUUUCUAAAAAUGAGCGUCUGAUUGCGAUGCGGCUAAGCAAGCGAGGUGGAGGCAGCAGCCGCAGCAUCAAGCAGCUGUUUCUCGACAACCAGGCCGCAGGCAUCGUUUUCAAUCUCGUGGCCCUUCUCUAUCUCACCCAAUUGCUGAUUCCCAGAGCCCGGCCCUUCACAAGGCCCUUCUGGUCGCUCUCCCACUACAACCCCACUACUGGAAAGUAUGCAGUGGGCUCCAAUGACAUCUACUACGUAUUCUACUAUCUGGUCCUCUUUACAGGAUUGCGCGAUGGCCUCAUGAACGGCGUUUUGGGCCCCCUAGGACGGCGCUGGGGAAUCUCCAAGGCCAAGGACGUUGAGCGGUUUGCCGAACAGACGUGGAUGAUUUGCUACUACUGCCUCUUCUGGCCUCUUGGUGUAUAUAUCUGGUACUCCUCUCCGUACUUUCUCAACAUGGCCGAGCUCUGGACAGACUGGCCCAGCCGGGAGAUUACAGGGACUAUGAAGUUUUAUUUUCUCGCGCAGCUGGCUUUCUGGAUACAGCAAGUCUAUGUCAUCAACAUUGAGAAGCAGCGAAAGGAUUACUGGCAGAUGCUGUCGCACCACGUCGUCACCAUCGGACUGGUCGUAGCCUCAUACGCCUACCAUUUCACGCGCGUUGGCAACCUGAUUCUCAUCAUCAUGGACAUUGUCGACAUUGUCUUUCCACUUGCCAAGUGCGCCAAGUAUCUGGGCUUCAACACCCUUUGCGACAUUCUCUUUGGACUCUUCGUCGUCGUUUGGCUCGCCACCCGCCAUGUGUUUUUCCUCAUGGUAAUCCGCAGCGUCUACUUUGAUGUUCCUGCUAUCGUGCCGAAAACCUGCUUCCAGGGCGGCAUGAACAGCCUUCAGGGGCCUCUGCCCCAGCCUAGCGGGUGGUCUUGGCUGCUUGAGCCGUUCAAGGAUCCAGAGGGCUUGAUCUGCUUCAACCAGUCCAUCUUUAACGGAUUCUUCAGCUACCUCGUUGCGUUACAAGGGAUCAUGAUGAUCUGGUCUUAUGCCAUCCUCAAGGUUGUUGUAAAGGUGCUCAGCGGCCAGAACGCCGAAGACAUUCGCAGUGACGAUGAAGAAGAGGAACAAGUCAGCGAGCUUGAAGAAGAAGAAGAGGGAGACGAAGAGUCUGGGCUACUGGAAGAAGAGGCCGAGGUGGAUGAUGGCAUCGUAAAGGCCUGGGAGCGCCGAAACCGAGUCUUGCCCAAGAGAGGCGGCAGCUCCAGCGGCUUGCAUCUGCCCGGUCACAGUGAUCGUAAGGAGUUUCUCAACCGGAUUGGAUGCGAGAAGCAGAUCGAUUGA